GCGCGCGCGCACGUAAUAGCCACGGUGGAUAAGCGGCGUCCUCCGCACGGGCCCCGGGACCAGCAGCGCCGUGAAGGCAUCGUGCACGUAUCCGUGUGCGGCUAGCGAUCGCUUGCUGAGGGAGCUGCUGUCGUUGGUGCUCUGGACCGUUCCCGCCCGGCGCUGGCGGCUUCGCGGGCCCAUGACCAGAAGGCGCUCCGCAAUACUCCACACCGAACACUUACCGAGCUCCAGCUCAUCCGCUUCCGGGUGAAAGUGAUCCCAAAGCUGCACACAGAGCAAAUCUUGAUAAAAUAUGGCAAUCUGAAGAAAGUCCGGCACUGCAGGAAUUCUGACUUUGAUAAGUCAGAUAUUGUCCAAGCCAAGAAUAAGAGCGAAGAGAAACUUUCCCUUUACUAAAGUGAUGGAGGCCGAACAACAGUGGCCUUCAGAGACAGACUUCUAUGUGCAAUUGCCAAAAGUGGAGCUUCAUGCCCACUUGAAUGGCUCCAUUAGUUCCAGUACCAUGAAGAAAUUAAUAGCCAAGAAGCCACAUCUUAAAGUUCAUGGUCACAUGACCAUGAUUGACAAGGGAAAGAAAAGGACUUUAGAAGAAUGUUUCCAGAUGUUCCAAGUUAUUCAUCAGCUUACUACGAAUGCUGAGGACAUCCUGAUGGUCACAAAAGAUGUCAUUAAGGAAUUUGCAGAUGAUGGAGUCAAGUACCUGGAGCUGAGAAGCACUCCCAGAGGAGAAAAUGCUACUGGAAUGACUAGGAAGACUUACGUGGAAUCUAUACUUGAAGGCAUAAAACAAUGCAAACAAGAAAACUUAGAUAUUGAUGUUAGGUAUUUGAUGGCAAUUGACAGAAGAGGUGGCCCAACAAUAGCCAAGGAGACUGUCAAACUUGCUAAAGAGUUCUUCCUCUCUACUGAGGAUACAGUUCUUGGCCUUGACCUCAGUGGAGAUCCAACUAUAGGACAAGCAAAAGACUUCUUGGAGCCUCUUUUAGAAGCUAAAAAGGCAGGUCUGAAGUUGGCAUUGCAUCUUGCAGAGAUUCCAAAUAAGGAAAAAGAAACACAGAUGCUACUGGAUCUGCUUCCUGACAGAAUUGGGCAUGGAACAUUUCUCAACGCCUCCGAGGCAGGGUCCCUGGAUCAGGUGAACUUUGUGAGGCAACACCAGAUACCUCUAGAACUUUGUUUGACCUCAAACAUCAAAAGCCAGACAGUUCCUUCCUAUGACCAGCAUCACUUUGGAUUCUGGUACAGCAUUGCUCAUCCUUCUGUGAUCUGUACUGAUGAUAAAGGUGUUUUUUCAACAUACCUUUCUCAAGAAUAUCAACUGGCAGCAGAAACAUUUAAUUUGACCCCAUCUCAGGUGUGGGAUCUGUCUUAUGAAUCCAUCAACUACAUCUUUGCUUCUGAUAAUACCAGGUCUGAACUGAAAAAAAGAUGGACUCACCUGAAGCAGAAAGUGUUAAACUGUAAUGAGGUGAAUGACUUUUGAUUCUAUGUUGUAACCAACAUCUUCCUGCUCUGUGUACCCCACUCGGUUACUGCCCACUUGAAAUGACUUCCCUUGAAGUUUGGUAGCCAAGUAUAUAUGGGGUCUAACUCCAGCACCUUCACAUGGUAAAUGCUCAGUAAAUCUCAGACUAAGAGCCUUGAGGUCUUGCAUGGCUGUACCUCCAUGCUGCUUGCUGAAGGGUUGUUAAACCCUCAUUCCCUAGUGACUCUUGUUUUUUCACUUAGAGCUCUUUUGACAUUGGUUACCAUAAACCUUUUGAGAAGCUGAAACUCUGUUUUCAGGGAAAUCUCCCUUUUGUUAGGUUUAAUCAGAUUCCUUCCAUUUCCUUUUACCCUUUCAAGUAUCAUUUUUUAAGACUGUUGAUGUUAGUCCACAGUGCACACCUGCACCGUUUGUAUGGGUGCCUGGUUGUUAGGUGACCAGUACAAAGCUAGAAUCUAACUUUGCCCUUCUCAUAACAUCUUUAGAACUAUAUAAAGGAGGUUGGAGUAAUCAUUUCAGUUUAAGAAAAGAAAAAAAUGACUGGCUUGAAGUAAGACACAUAGCGGGAGCUUCUGGUUUAAAAUCAGCUUCUAUUUAGCUUCCUUUGUGGAAGCUACCAGGACCUCCAGAGUGCUAGGACUCCCUGAAAAGAUCUUUGUAGUAAUGGUAGCACUGUGGCUUCUAGGGUUCUUAGAUCACCAGUAAUCCCAUGCCCACAUGAUGGCCUACAGAUACAGACUUACAUAAAUACACAUAAACCAUGGGCACAUUAGCCAAAGAUAGGGGACAUCUAAGAUUGAUUCUGAAUGCAAAGAAAAAGACUUUAACAGAUAAAAAAUCUUUUGGUUAGUUUUUUUUUUUUUCAAGCUAGAGUCAUUUGGAAGAGGGAACCUCAACUGAGAAAAUGCUCCCACAAGAUUAGCCUAAUCAGUGCUUGAUCAGUUUGUGGGCCCAUGCCACGGAAGGUGAUGCCACCCUUAGGGAUACGGUUCUGAGUGGAAAGUGAAGGAAAUGGAACAAGGCAUGAGGAGCAAGCCAUAGGCAGCUCUCCCCUAUGGCUUCAGCUUCAGUUCCUGUCUCAACUUCCCAGGAUGAUGGACUACAAAUUAUAAGAGGAAAUAAACCCUUUCCUCCUUAAGUUACUUUUGGUUAUGGUGUUUUAUCACAGCAUUAAAAACACUAAAACAAUAAAGUAUGCUUGAAUUGUU